AUGCCCGGGACAGGUGAAAGUUUGAGAACUGAGCUCAAAGUUUCGGGAGAGGCUAAGAAAGGCGUGUUUAGGCUGCAAGAAACGGGGAACUACCCGGGUCAAAACGAAGGCGAUCAGGAUCCGGGGAAAAAAAAUGAGGAAUCUGAACCGCUUUUGAAAUCUACAGCAUCGCCCAUAGGAAAUGGUGUGGGCAGAGAGUCUGCACCUCAACUCUCUCGUGCGAGCAGUCGAGACAGCGUACCGGCUUACCGUCCCGUUGACGAAAACCGGUAUGUGAAUUCGCAUAAGCUGCGUGUGGUCACUUCGAACGGCGCCAACGAUUCUGCAACUACGAACAACGAGAACAAUGCCAACGUCACCACUCGAAGUGCCAGUGGACCUGCCACUAGUGGGCCCCUCACUGGUAGUUUGGGAUCAGCUUUGGUCUCUGGAUAUCCUUCUGUCGCCGGUACGGCUGUGUCGUUCACGGUGGGAAAUUUUGCAGAUAAAAUCUCGCAUCGUGGAUCCAUAUCCGCUAGGCCCUCUUCAGGCGCAGUAAACCUUCAAAAUGGAACAGCACCACCACCGGAGAAUGCCUGCACUGCGCGCCCAGAAGUAGGUUCUGAGCCCACAUCCUCCGCAAAUUCAGUCCACAUGCCGGGCGAUUUCGUUGUAAUGCAACCCAGCACUGGGCACGAAAGUGAUCAUUCCACACAAAACUUGUCAUCUGCGAAUAGCAGCGCGGCCCAGCAGGCUAGCCGUAAGCAUUUUUACCAAGGUAACAAAGCUAUUGUCGACAUGCUUCUUGCGCAACGACUCCCAUUCACGGAAUUUUUUCAAAAACAGGACGACGGGAAAAUUCAUAUUCUUAUCGGCGCGACCGGCUCGGUUGCUACCGUCAAAGUGCCCAUGAUGAUCGACAAGCUUUUCAAAAUUUACGGUUCAGACAAAGUCUCUAUACAACUGGUUUUGACGAAAAGAGCCGAGCAUUUCUUGCGUGGGACUAAAAUCUCAACCGAUGUCAAAAUAUGGCGUGACGAGGACGAAUGGUUCGGUUUCAAAAGGAUGGGGGAUCCAGUGGUACAUACAGAAUUGCGGCGUUGGGCUGAUAUAUGCGUCAUCGCUCCUCUCUCGGCCAACACACUUGCCAAAAUCGCAAAUGGCAUUUGUGACAAUUUGCUAACGUCUUUGUUGCGUAGUUGGACACCCUCGACUCCUGUUUUAGUCGCACCUGCUAUGAACACGUUUAUGUACAUUCACCCAGUCACCAAAAAGCAUCUAGCUAUGCUUCGAGAGGACUCACCUUUCGUGGACGUGCUUAAGCCUGUAGAGAAAGUGCUUAUCUGUGGUGACAUUGGAAUGGGUGGAAUGCGGGAAUGGAACGAUAUCGUUGACAUUGUCGUGAAACGUAUUGCUGAUAUUCGUGGAAAUCUAGGAAGCGAAGCCAAUGCUCGAGCAGAUGGCAACGAAGAGGAUGACGACGAGGACGAAGAUGACGAGGACGAAGACGACGAGGACGAAGAUGACGAGGACGACGAAGAUGACGAUGAUGAAGACGACGAAGACGAUGACGUUGACAAGGACGACAAUUAG